AUUCCCUCAGCCAGUACCUCAGUGUAUGGGAGUAUGGGCUGCUACUAUUACAUACUAUCCUGAUGAAAUGGUUCACUGCGGACGAGUGCCAAGGUGAAGGAUGAGAACAAGGAGAGGCUGCGGACUUCGCUGCCGAGGAGAAGGAGCUCACUGAUACCAUCAGCGCACUGCAGAGGGCAAUCGGCAUCUUGCAGAGGGAGAUGUCCAAGGCCGGUGGCGCUGCCUUUGUCCAGGUCAAGAGCACCGCAUCUGUGAUCCAGGCGUUGCAGGCACUGGUGAAGGCCUCCGCGUUCAGCGCCGCCGACGCCAACACCCUCGCAUCUUUUAUGCAGAACACCCAGGCGGCUGAGGAUAGCGACGAAGAGCCUGGCGCCCCAGAGGCCGCGACUUACACGAGCAAGAGCGGUGGCAUCGUGGACGUGCUGGAGGACCUUUUGGACAAGGCGACCGCGCAGUUGGACGCCGCGCGCAAGAAGGAGACCUCGGCCAGGCAUAAUUUUGAGAUGCUCGCUCAAUCGCUCAAGGACGAAAUCGAGUUCUCCACCAAGGACAUGGGCGAGGCCAAGAAGUCCGCCGCCGCUAGCGGCGAGGCCAAGUCCGAGGCCGAGGGGGCGCUGGCUGCCGGAUCCAAGGACCUGGCGGGCGACAAGGCCGCCCUCGAGGAGCUGAAGAAGGAUUGCGCAGCCCACGCCGACGACUACGCCGCGGAGGCUUCGAGCCGCGCCCAGGAGCUGAAGGCGGUGCAGGCGGCGAAGAAGGUGCUGUCCGAGACCACCAGCGGCGCCGGGGGUGUCGCCUACGGCCUGAGCCAGACCACCCCUUCCUUUCUGCAGUUGGGCCGCUCGAGCGCCGCAGUCCGCUCCGGGGCCGACCUGGCCAACUUCGAGGCAGCACGCUUCGUCCGCGAGCUCGGCCGCAGGUUCCACUCGCCAGCGCUGGCGCAACUCGCUCAGCGCAUGUCGUCGGCGAUGCGCUUCAGCUCUGCGAGCGGCGAGGACCCGUUCACAAAGGUCAAGUCUCUCAUCGGAGACAUGAUCCAGAAGCUCGAGGCCGAGUCUGGGGCGGACGCCAAGCACAAGAAGUACUGCGAUACAGAGAUGGCCGAUACGACGGAAAAGCAGGACGAGAAAACCACUUUGGUUGAGAAGUUGACCACGAAGAUCAACCAGAUGACUGCCAGGUCUGCUGCUCUGAAGGACAGCAUCGCCACUCUGCAGAAGGAGCUCUCUGAGCUGGCGGCCUCGCAGGCGCAGAUGGAUAAGAUGAGGGCUGCCGAGAACGAGCUCUUCCUCGAGCAGAAGAAAGAGCUGACGAUGGGGAUCUCAGGCGUGCGGACGGCGAUGAAGACGCUGCGCGAGUACUACGGCGGUGGAGCCAAGGACCACGCGGCGGCCUCGGAUGCUGGUUCGAGCAUCCUGGGGCUGUUGGAAGUUUGUCUGUCGGAUUUCACCAAGAGCCUCGCGGAAGCUACCGCCACAGAGGACAGCGCCGCGUCCGAGUAUUCGUCGACCACAAUGCAGAACAAGAUCGAGAAGACAGCCAAGGACCAGGAUAUCAAGUACCAGGGGAAGGAGGCCGCCGAUCUCGACAAGGCGGUGGUCGAGGCCACCUCCGAUCGGGCGUCGACGCAGGAGGAGCUGGAUGCAGUGCUGGAGUACCUCGCGAAGCUCAAGGACAUGUGCGUCGCGAAGCCGGAGACGUACGCCGAGCGUGCGGACCGCCGCGCUGCCGAAAUCUCUGGACUCAAACAAGCGUUGUCUAUCCUCGAUGGCCAGGCCCUGCUGAUUCAGCGCAAGACGCUCAGGGGGCGCGUCUGAUCGGAGCAGCCUGGUAGAGCGGCCGCGCCGCUGUAUGGCCUCCUC